GCUGGCAUCUUAGCGAUUGAGUUGCUAACACCCACUUUAACUUUAACCUUCUCAACCUCCGCAUCAUCAUUGACUUCAACCACUUCAACCUCGGCGUCAUCAUUGACUUCAACCACUUCCUCGGCGUCAGCAUUGACUUCAACCACUUCCUCGGCGUCAGCAUUGACUUCAACCACUUCCUCGGCGUCAUCAUUGUCUUCAAUCACUUCAACCUCCACACCACCUUCGUCGCCCUCAACCUCCUUACUUGCAUCAUCCAAUAGCACUGGCAGUACGACUACGUCACAGACAACCCUCUCCACUGCUACGCGCUCAACAAACUCAACCUUUGCAGUCACUUCAACCUCUACGUGGCCGACAUCCACUUCUGUCAGCUGCAGCACCUCUUCUACGAGGACAUCUACCGUGUCGUCCACGAGCGGUACCAGCUCCUCAUCCACAACACACUCAAGAAGUAGCACCUCGGCAAGUAGCAGCAGCACUGUGUCCCAAAGCAGCGCUUCAUCCACUGCUUCAUUGACAUCAAGCACCGCCUCUCACACUCACACAUCUUCAACGACGCAAUCUUCAAGCACCUUAACCACAUCAGUGAGUUCGACUUCCACUGAGACAUCAACGAGUACUACAUCAAGCCAAAGCUCUUGGACCAGCUCGAGUACUUCGAGCACUUCCUCCACGUCCUCGAGUCGAAGCUUGACCGAGACCAGCGUGACCAGCAGCAGCAGGACCUCCACCUCGACUUCAAGCAGCAGCACGACGAGCACCAGCACGCUGCUGGAUUCCGUCAAGCUUCCGGAAGGAGUUCUGGGCACCAUGGCUGGAAACAUCCUUGCAGAAUCGCUCAGCAUCGCAAGCGAGGUGAUCUUCUCCAAGGAUGAGACGUCGCUUUCGCAGGUAGUGGAGUCAGGAGUUGUUACUGUCAUCAAGUUGGGCGCCAGCACUUCCAGCAACGUGGUCCGAAUCAAUCGAAGUGAUGCUGAAGGUUCGGAGGUUGUGGUGUUGCUGCCGGAGACGUUGAACGACUUGGCCACAGGGAAUUUGAUGCUGGUUGUCACAGAUUUGCUUCCAGCCGUUGGUAAAUCCUUUCCACAGAAAAAAGACACUGACCCCAUUCUGCUGAAUUCCAAUUCUCUGCUGGAGAUCUCUUUUGCACAGGAAAUCCAAGGAGAAGUCUCGGUGCUCGAAAUCAACAACUUAACUGAUCCACUCACCUUCAAGAUCAGCGAUGAAGCGCCCGUCGCUGGGGAUGAGUGUGUCUACUUCGAUCCGCUGGCAGAUGUGUGGUCCACCGAUGGUGCCCAACUGCUGGAGGCGGAUCCGCGCGGCAACGCCAACAGGUCGGGCAGCUGGUGCGCAGUGACUCACACAUCCAUCUUCGCCAUUGCACAGUCGAUCGACUUCGGAAAGGCAUUGGUCACCGAGCGGACCGUGAAAGCAGAAGGUUACUUCGUUGCAGUCCUUUUGGCCUUCGCUGCAUGUUGUUUCAUCGUGCCGGCCCUGUGCGUGGUGGUGCUCCGUCGCCUCAAAGCGCCAUCCGUUGGGAAAGCUUAUCUCACCGCCAGGGGCCGCAGCAGGGCGAUUACCUUCUCGAUGACUAAGAUGGUCAGUGAAAAGGAGGAUGGUCAAACUGACGGCAAGGUGCUGGUGAAGUGGGAUGUGACGCCGGAUGUGCUGGAGGAUUUGGACAGCCUGAAACUGCGCCAUGUCUCCACUGAGUUGAGCACCAAGAGUCGAGAAGUGAUACGUGUGCAGAGUCUGAAAAACAAUUCUGCCUUGGAACGAUCGCCCAGAUCUGCGAGUUCCAGGCACAGUGAUGGCACAGUGACUAGCCAUGUGUCCUUUGACACCGACGCUUCUGUUCCUGCAGAUAGGGUGGAUCAUUCGAUAGUGGUGUGUAGUAUCGAUGAUCUUCUACCACCGACGCCACCAGCCCUACCGGAAGCCUAUGGAGAUGGUGAGAUGGUGUUGUAUUGGUCACAGUCGUUGCAGCAGAAUGCGUCUGCUGUCAUUGUGGGGAAGGGGACCUGGAGCAGUGAUGAACAAGGUGAAAUUUGGCCAGCUUACGAUUGUCGAGUUGGUCGACAUCAGCAACUUCGCUGUCGAGUGCCAUUGUCCUUACUGCGACCAGCCCCAAUGGUUGGGGAGAAGAUUGUUGUACAGAUCUGUGGCGAAUGGUUCCCAGCUCGUUUCAUGGCAUCCUUCUUUUUCCUUGAGGUUGCGCGGGUCGCUUUGGCGGAGUCGAACCAUGAGGCCCUCGAUGGUUUGUCAGAUGACUUGCAAGUGCCAUUUCGGUGCAUUGGACGGCGCUUCUCCAAAGGGCAGAUGUGCAGAAUCUAUAGAGGACAAGAUGGGUGGGUGAAUGCUCGCAUCGAAGAAGACAAGGUGGAUACAUUUGACCUACCGUCAUCUUCGGUUGAGAAUGCAGAUGUGAGUUCACCUGGCCAAGUAUUGAUUUCCUUGGACAGUGAGAUGCGGCGCCUUCCACUCUCCUUGGUGAGAACUUCAGUUCUGGAGAUUUGAAUCCGAGCUAUCCUUCACGUUCAGAUGCAAAGCAUUGUGAACUUCAUUAGCAUUAUAGACUUUAAUAGCUUUGCUCAGAUUUCCCUGUCAAAUUCUUAGUCUUAAUUUCCCUCUAAUGAAACCAAAGGGAAGAAUGCUCAAAACCCUUCGCCUUUGUCCAGGUUCAAUAAUUUGAACCUGGAGGCCGGGAUUUGUCAGACAUGGCCCGACUAAGUCGUGGAUGAUGCUGGAGAAAAGGCGUUGAUGUCGAAGCUAGUUGGUAUAGAAUAGAGUCCGUUGAAUUAAGUAGAAUAGAUCAUCAAACAAUAUACAUACGUAUUACUACUAAUUAAUCUUGUUUUAUUUUGGGACCAUUUAGGAGCAAGGUUUGGCUCUGGUCCGGGGUGGGAAGUUCCCCCUCACACUUCGGACAGCACUAGCCGGUAGCCUUAGGGCCGCGCCG